UCAGUUGCAGACUACGUACGUCGCCACCAGUGUACGAUCGAUCGAGUACAGCUGUCAUCAUGCGAACGGCUGGCGUUGGGCCGUCCUUACACCGGCUGCAUUUGUGCAGCGCGCUACGCAUGGUGUUCUCGGCAGUGUUGUUAAUCAUCUGUUUGUUCCGCGAAUGUGCAACGGGAACUGAAGAACCAAUGGCCAUCACCGACACGGGAAACGUAACUGGAGUGCGCAUUGAGAUAGGUGGCCGGAAAAUUGAUGCAUUUCUCGGAAUACCCUACGCCGAACCGCCGAUUGGAGAACUUAGAUUUCAAAAACCGCGACCCGCGAAUGCGUGGAAUGGAACCUACCAGGCGACCCAGAAGCCAACGCCUUGCAAACAGCUACUUCUACCCAUUUUUGCCGGUAUAACACUGAAUUACUCAAGCGCCUCGGAAGAUUGCUUGUACCUCAAUGUGUGGCGACCAGCGUCCGCUUGUGAGACAGCGGAAUCCUGCGAAAAAAAUUUACCGGUGGUGGUGUUUCUUGACGGCAACGUGUUUCAGUGGGCCGACUCCUCGCUCUUUGUAAACGACCCGGCGAAUUUCGUGGCUUUGACUGACGUGGUGUUUGUGACGCUCAACUACAGAGUUAGCAUAUUUGGCUUCCUCUCCUUAGAAGACUCGGAUAUCCCUGGUAAUAUGGGUCUUUGGGACCAGAACCUGGCUCUCCAGUGGGUGCAGGCGAACAUAAAAAGAUUCGGAGGUGACCCAAAUAAUGUAACGCUGAGUGGGCAGAGUGCAGGCGCAGCAUCUGUUGGAUUGCAUGCUAUUUCGCCCCACAGCAACAACUUAUUCAAAAGGAUCGUCAUGCAAAGCGGAAGCCCGUUGUCUCUCGUGAUAGGGCUGUUCUUCAAGGGAGUCGGGAAGUUUACCACUAUAACCGGAAAUCUCGGUUGUUACGACUUGAAAAGGACGCUGGACGAACAGAAGAAAGACAUUCUGAGUUGUCUUCAGAAAAAAGAAGCCGCACGUAUCGCUGACGAUGUCCAGAGGGUCGAUUUCAUCAAGCAAAUGUUCGCCCCAAUCAACAGAGAUGACUUCUUGCCUUCGAGGGUCUUAUCUGUAGACGCCUACAACAACCUUAGCACGACCGAAAUAUUGUUGGGCACCGUCAAGAAUGAAGGACAUGUGUUUCUCAGCCACCUCAAGAACGCCUUCCCACGAUUCGGAGAGUUGAUCUUAUCCGAAUACAGACUGGUAGCCAUCUUGGUCAUGUCACAGAUGCUGGACAUUCCCGUAUGGCAAAGUCGCAUGAUUGCGACAGAAUAUUUCGGUGGUCCCGACGAAAAACGAAAGGCGCCCGACGAAAUAGAAGCCAUUUUCGCGGAAAUGUUCGGUGACGCCAUAUUCUACUGCCCCUCGCAAAUCAUGGCGGACAUCUUGACUCAACAUCAGGGCGUCAAUGUUUAUCGAUACGUGUUCGUACAUCGUCCUUCGUACAGCCUUUGGCCCGAAUCGUUUGGUGUGGCGCACAGUGACGAUCUUCCCUACACCAUGGGAUCCUUGCUGUUUGUCAACGACACGACUCGGAUCACGGCUCCGUUCGGACCGAAAGGUAAAGAGGCACUUUCUUCUGCGAGCUACACCACGGACGAAAAAAGCUUCAUGGAAGAAAUCGUCACUGCUUGGGGAACUUUCUACACAGACGGGAAACCGAAGGUGCCUCUGACGGGUGGUAAAUGGCCACGGUACACGUUCGAAGAGCCUUGGGUGAUCUACCUGGAGCCGAACAACUACACAACCAUUGUGGAGCCGAAGAGGAAGAUAUGCGAAGUGUGGAAACCGGUGCUUCUUAGGGAGUCGAAGCCAGAAGACCGCUCCUUCUUCCAAGAAGAGGACUCGACCAAAGAAGAAACGGAAACUAAUGAAGUCGACAACACGGGCCAAAUUGCAACGAGUCCAUCCACGUUCCUAUGCUCUGCUCUGAUAUUAUUCAUUUCUUUUGCCGGACUUACGCUGUGUUACCUCAGUACGGCACCCCCGUGGAACCUGUGCGUUCCUGGACCCAACGCUCACUGCCGCCGGGUGGCAAUUUGUACCGGCUUCCCGUUGGCAGCAAUCAUUAUGAAACUCGCCUUGUCCGUCUCUGUCGAUCUUGGCAGGCGCUCAUUACUGCAGUUCCUGUGCGCAGCGUUCGUUCUGGCAUGCUUCACGUGUGGGCAGUCACUCGCCCAGGGAGCCUGCAAUGCAGUGGUUCGCACGGAAAAGGGCUUGAUAAGGGGCAAGUGCUUGAGCGUUAGCGGCAAGAACGUCGAAGCAUAUUUAGGCAUACCGUACGCCGUGCCUCCGUUGGGCCCACUGCGAUUCAGGAGGCCAGAACCAGAAAUUCGAUGGAGGGGUGUGCUGGAUGCAACACGAAUGCCGAAGCCGUGCUGGCAACUGCCACUGAGGUUUCUUCCGAACUUGACCAUCGACUACACUCACAUGUCGUCCGAGGACUGCCUCUACUUGAAUGUGUGGAAGCCGGCCUCACCGUGUUCUCCCAUAAGCGGUGCGUGCCCCAGCAAGCGCCCGGUCGUAGUGUUCAUACACGGCGGUGCGUUCCAGUGGGGCGACUCCUCCCUGUACUUGUACAACCCAUCGAACUUCGUGGCUCUCGCAGACGUUGUCUUCGUCUCGUUCAACUACCGCCUAGGCAUCUUCGGGUUCCUCGAUUCCAAGGUGGCCGGCAUCCGAGGAAACAUGGGCCUGUGGGACCAGAACCUCGUGCUCAAGUGGAUCAGAAGGAACAUUGACCGCUUCGGCGGUAACCCCGACGAGGUCACUCUGUUAGGUCAGAGCGCCGGAGGCAUCUCGGCAGCUCUGCACGCAUUGUCCCCUUACAGUCGCGGUCUCUUCAAGAGACUAGUGCUGCAAAGUGGCACCCCACUGUCCAUGAUUCUCGGCAUAGGUUUCGGAGGCCAGACAAAGAUUAUCCUGGCCGCUUUAGCAAUGAACUGCUACGACAAGCAUAAAAAGCUCGAAGAACAGGCCAAGGCUAUCGCAACCUGCCUACGGAAUGUGGACGCACCGCGGUUAUUCGAAAAACUCGAUUCGCUCGACAUGGUGCAGCAGAUGUUCCCACCAUCCGAAGACGAUGACUUCAUUCCGGGUAAGGUCCUCUCUGUAGACACGUGGAAACGCUUGGAAGCGAAGCAAAUUCUGCUCGGGUCUGUGGCCGACGAAGGAACUGUGUUCUACCGUCUGCUCAAGGAUUCAGUUCCCAUUUUCGGCAAGUUACUGUUCAGUGAUCACCGUACUCUCAUCUCCAUCGUGUUGUCGGAGAUGUUUAACAUCGAUAUUGGGGACGGUCAGAAAAUUGUGAGAGGCUACUUCGGUGACACUGAUGACAAACCAUCCGAGGAACAAGUGGCUUCUACAAUAUGCACGAUGAUCGGCGAUGCGGUGUUCUCUUGUCCGACAGCCUUCUUCGGUGAGAUCGCUGCCGAACAGGGCAUCAGCACUUACCGAUACCUGUUCAACUACCGUCCAACCCAUAGCCUCUGGCCCAAAUGGAUGGGAGUAGCUCAUGCGGACGACAUCGCCUACACCUUAGGAUCCCUACCCUUUUUCAAAGACGGAAAGUUGCUCGCACAACAUCUGGGACCGAAGGCUGCGAAAUUCGCCAAUCGUCUCACUUACACGCCAGAGGAAGAUGUCUUCAUGAAACACAUCGUCAACAUCUGGUCCUCAUUCGUGAAAACAGGGAAACCUGUGCUUCCACCACCCGAUGUUGACUGGCCUAAGUACACCAUCGAGAAUCCCAAUGUAAUUCAUAUAGAACUGAACAAGUUCACCACGAAGCAAGACAAUAUUCUAAAGAGAUGCGAGCUGUGGAAGCCUUUCUUGCUGGGAAAAAAUGCGACGUUACCAGAUGCCGCGUAAGUGGGAAUCGGCUCAUAAGCACAAGAUUAUCUUCACAGUCAACUCUAGUCAACGUGUCUGUCUUUAUUGUUGUACAUAUGGCUUAUAAAUACAUGCUUUGCUGCUCUGCGA